AUGGGAUCAACACAGUUCGGCAACUUUUUCAACUUCUGCCGAGACUCAACACUGCCGGUCUGCAAUGUGCUCUCCGAUGACCAUAGUCAAUCAGGACCAUGGGGCGGCUGCGAGUUGACGGGAAUCUCUUUGAGCGGAGGUCGCAAGCUGGGAAACCUUGGUUCUAUCCUCCUUGCAGCCUUUGCCAUCAUUGCAUCUAUCUAUCUCUUGCUGCGGUCAGAGCGCAAGAAGGCUGCAGUAGGUCGGAGGGAAAUGCAGCUGUUCCUCGCCAGCUUCAUCGUCAUUGAAUUAUGCGAAAUCUUCACUGUCGGAGAAUUUCCUUUGGCGGAAAAUGUUCGCAUUGCCUUCACCGGAAUCCACAUCGGCAUGAUCAUUGCAUCGACAUGGAUCCUGAUGCUCAACGCCGUCGUCGGGUACCAGAUUGUUGACGACGGAACACCGUUGUCAAUAGGCUUGAUUGUCGCCUCUGCUGCUAUUCUCCUAGGUGGCACUCUAUACGUUACUCUUGAUACCGGAUUUCAAUGGACCAACUACUGGGACUCAUCGUACCAACCGCCAAACCGCCACAUCGCUCUGUACGUCUUGUACCAGUUGGUCCCGCUGAUCUUUUUGGUCGCCUUCUUCGUCCUCGAGACUAUUCUCGUCGUCCGUGUUCUGGGCGAAAUGCGACCGAUGCUUUAUCUCACCGCCGCUCUGCUCCUCUUUGCCAUUGGACAAAUCUUUAACUACGUUGUAAGCUCCCAUAUCUGCAACGGUACCAACGGUGCAGUUGAUGGGGCCCUCUUCCAGACCCUGUUCACGCUUCUCGCGGUCGUCGCGGUAUGGAUCUUUUGGUCAAGCAUCACAGAGGACGAUUGGCCUAUGCCUGUCGGAAACAACUUCCCCUAG